CGUCGCAAAUAUUUACGCCAAUAUUGACGCCAAUAUUCACGACAUGGGCCCCAAGUCGCAAACCUGCUCAGGCGUGAAUAUUCAUUGUUUUUUUAGCAACCUAGGUAGCUGGGUGGGCAAGAAAAUAGUCUGGCGCACUGGUCCCGAUCUCGCUCGCGCGCUCUGACAAUAAUAUCGUUCAGCAUUGUGAUUUGCGUGCACUGACGACUGCCAGUAUGUAAGUUCGACUAACAAAAAUGGAGACUGAAAAUCGGAUUGCUGAUAUUCUUCUACAAAUGGGCUUAGAGGAUAUAUUACACAAGUUUGAAGAGCAAAAGGUGACUUCCUCUAUGGUUCCCGCUAUGUCCGAUGAUGAAUUAAAAUCACUGGGAGUGAUCAAGAUUGGUGAUCGAUAUGAAUUGAGAAAACAUUGCCAAGCUGUAGGGACUUCAUCCCCAUCAAAAGACAUUUUGGGUUUAAUAAGCCAAAUUGGUAAAAGGAAAUCUAAAAAGGGUCUUCGUUCUACAACCACAAGUACAUGUACCACUCUCCAAGUUGCUGCUGAAGAGAAUGUAAAUACUUUAUUGUUUUUGCUUCCUAGGAUUACUUUGUUAAAUUAUUUGUUCUUGGUCAUUAUUUCUUCUAGUAGGUGUGUUGGGGAGGGUUGAGGGGAUCCAUAAGGGCAUCCAUUAUAGCAUGUCACUACACACCUGGAAGGGACUGACCGGGACCAUUUGCUUCUUAUAAAAUUUGAGAUAUUGGACAAAUUUUAUAACUCAAAGUUUCUCACUUAGUUACUUUGACACAUUCUGCAAUACAUUAGGGUAUACACAAGAAUCUUGUAGGAUAUUUCUUUUUCAGAAAACUCACAGGCAGUGGCACUGUAAACCGCCUGAUCACACCUUGUUAAAUCCUGCUCAGAUAACAGAGAUGAUGUUCAAAAGUUUUCCUUUCCAAUCCAGUGAGUACUGACCCGAGUUUUUCAAUAAAAAUUCAUGUCCAGUCCUGUUAGAUGACUCCCACUUUUGAACGUAACUUUGGAAUGUUAUUAUGAGCGGAGUGGUUUCAACGGCACCCUUUUUAUGUUGUUUUACCUUAGGGGUAAUCACUGUUGAUGGAAAAUCAGUACUCAUGAAAGAUUUACUGUCUUUUUUGACUGGGUCCCCAUGCUGCCCAGUGACAGGAUGGCCAGCACAACCUACUGUUAGAUUUAAACAUGAUUGCUUCGUGAGCCACCUUUCUCUUGAAGACCAACCCUGCAAUUGUUAUCCAACUGCUUCAACAUGUACUUUUAUCUUGACGCUCCCGCUUCACUUCAGGACAUAUAUCUCAUUUCAGACAGCCUUUGCCCAAGCCAUUUCGUAUUGUAAAGGCUUUGGACAGGUUUAAGUUUAUCUCAGACAAGUUCCUUUAAAGUGAUUUUUAUGUUGAAUUUUUCUGAAUUUGUUUCCCAAAUUAAAUUGUAAAUUUAUGACCUUCUUUCGAAUUAAUGCCACUCAUGUAGGAUCUGGGCAUGUACAUUGUGUAGGAUCUGGGCCCAUGGACCUAUGUAUGGUGGCUUUAAAGGGACAAUGCAAAUAUAUAUUGAUGCCAAUUUUCACAGCAUGGGCCCCAUGUUGUGAAUAUUGCAGCUAAUAUUGACGCCAAUAUUCAUGAUUUUGCCCAAGUCGCAAACCCGCACAGGCGUGAAUAUUGAAUAUUCAUGCCAGAGUGGGUUUGCGACUUGAAGCCAAGUCGUCAAUAUUGGCGUCAAUAUUUGGGACUUGGGGCUCGAUCAUGUCGUGAAUAUUGGCGUCAAUAUUGGCAUCAAUACAUAUUUGCGAUGUCCCUUUAAAGCCACUCUAACUAUGCCAUUUAAAGGUUCACAGAAAUACAAAGUAUUAAUGCUUUUAUCUUACACCUUGAAAAAUUUGUAAAAUGAUUCAGUACCUAAGAAAAAGUAAUUGUUUGUACUUCUUUGUAUUUUUACAUGAUUUCUUUGAUUUAGAAAUAAUAGUCUUCAUAAAGCAGGGCACUUGCUGACAUCACAGAUUCUCUCAGUGACAUCACAUGCAUUGCAUAACAUGGAAUAAUUUGUGAAUUUGUCAAUAGAAAGAACACAUAUUUGUCAUUCCUUUGGCCGACCUUGUCCACAGAACAACUGUUCACUGGAAUAGCUCAUGAAUAAAUCAUGUGAAAAUACACAAGAGUGCACAAAAUGAUUAUUUUCACCUGAAUUAUUGUACAGAAAUUACAAGGUGAAACAUAAAAGCAUCAAUACUUUGUAUUUCAGUGAACCUUUAAGUUCAUGUUAGUAACUCCCAUUGAACAUUGAUGUUGUGCAUGCACAAAUGAUACAGUUACUGCACACACAUACUUGUUAUACCCUGGUAUAAGAUUUUGAUCUUUUAUUGGUCGAGAACCAAUCACGUGAAAAAAUACAAAACUUCAUGUAUUGCCAAAAAAGUGAUGUUGUCGGGGUCCAUUACCUAGAUCGUCUGCGAACAUCUCAUCUCAUUGUCCCCAUUGACAUUAAAAUUAGCAAUACACCUGAUAAAGAGGUAGGUAAUGGUGCCAGGGUACAUUGCCUACAUCGUUCUCAGAACAUUGUUUCAUCAUCCCCAUUGAUCUACACAAACACAUUAGUGGUACUACCUGAGAGAGAGGUUACUAUAUGCAUGGAGGUAUGCAACCACUGGUAAUACACAGUCCUGUACUUUCGAUAUGAUGCUCGUGAUAGGGACCAGUACAUGUUAAUGUGAAAAAAUGAACUACUUGUUAAGUUGUUGCAAUAAAAAAAUGAGGUUGAGAUAAUCCACCAAUUUAGCUUUAAUGUCAAAAUAAAUUAUUAAGGGCCUUUUUAACAAUCCUUCAAUCUAAUACCAUGGUAUAACAAAACUUGUAUGCUAUGAUAUGUGUAUGUGGUCCAUGCUGUUUUGGACACCCACGGGGAGCAGAUGGCGCCCAAGGUGUAGCCGAGGGUGCCAUCUGCCCCCGAGGUUGUCCAAAACAGCAUGUACCACAUCACAGCGGACAACAGUCGUUCAAUGUACAACAUUACAGUGCCCGUAUGUCUCCAAAUAUCCAGUGGUACAGUGUAUUGAAGCUAUUAAAUUUGUUAUUUUACCAUGUUUGUUUGAAAUCAUAACAAUCUUCAAUUACGGAAUGCUUUAUGGUGGUCCAAAAGAUCCAGUUUGCCCCAUGCCUUGCCUAUAAAAACAAUAAUUUCAGAUUAUUUAUAACCAAUGUCAGAUCAUCUUGUGAUUUUUUGUUUGUUUUACCUACACUGUAUUACUGCACCUCCAUUUAAUUAUUUGUUUUGUUUCUUUUACUGCCAGUUACAAAAGUUAUGGUUUUUAUACUUUGCCAAAUACUUAGAUGAAAAUGAUGUUUAAUAUGUGUUAAGUUUCGGUAAUAUGUGUUCAGUUUCAGUGUGAAGACUGGUUUACGACAAUAAUUUCAUAGAGCUGCUAAGCAGAAAAAUAAAACUCAAUACAUUUUUUCACUUAGCAAAUCUACCUGGGAUCCAGUUACAGUCAUAUAUAAUCUAAUUUCAUCUGUGAAAAAUAAAAACAUGCCACUUUUGACAGAUUUAGGUAAUAUAGGGCUUUUAGUUUUUCAACAAUUUUUUAUCCAGUAAAAAUCCAUGGGAAAUCUUACAUUUUUAGUUUCCACUCCCUAAAAAGGAAAAAAUAAACAAUCAAUUAUAAAUGAAUGAAGUUUUAGAAAAUACUAAAGUUGUGGCAAUUUGGAGAUUCAACAUUUGAUGCAUAAAGUUGAUGGUAAAAAUGGUAUCUCUGUUUAAUUUUGGAUUGUCAAUCAAAGACAACAAUUUUAAGGUUUUUUAGUUACCCGACUCGGUAAAUUAUAAGCAAAAGUGUAUAAAAUACAUGUAUGGCACCCACAUUUUGAAGUUAGUUUGGGCGGCCAAAAAAAAAUUAGAUACAAGUAAGGCAGUGGUUUUAAUGGAAUCCCUGGUAUCACAUACAUGGGUAUUUACAACAUUUUACUGUUCUACAUUGCUCACAGACACAAAUUGAUGGCACCAGAACAAGAUUAGAAAUGGCAACCAUAUUGAAAUUCAAAAUGGCAGAUUUCCCCUAGGUAUUCUCACGGAACAGUAAAUUUGGGACAACUAAAUCUGUCAAAGUGGCUUGUUAACUGUUUCACAGAUGGUCCUGUAUACAUGUAUGGUUUAGAUUCUUGUUACUACAUGUAAUAUUAUAUUACUUAAGAUUUUGGUUUGGAACCUCAUUCUGCUAAUCAAAAUUGUUCUGUACUUAGCAAAGUCGUGUGCUAAGCAUAAACAGCUCUAUGGUUGGGCCCUGUAAGUAAGCAGGGGGGUUUUCAUGUCAUGUGCACAAGUCGAUUAGCAGUGUAUAUUUCUUUGUGGAAUGUUCCUUUUGGGGUUGGUGAUUUAGACAGUCUUCUGAAAGUAAGUUGAUUUGAUCAAUUUGUGUUACAGCUCACACUGUUACAUUUAGUAACAGUCACUUGUCCAAAUGUUAUCCCGAUGUUUUAUAUUACAUAUCAAACUUUAUUAACAUGUUUUUAAUCACUAAAAUUUAUAACUAUUUUCUGACACUGAUAUGAAAAAAUUAUAGUGACUUUUAGAUCAGUAAAUUAUAUUUUUAUACUCAAAAAUCUGUGAUUGAUAUUUUUGAACAUUUUAUAUUCUUGUAUUUUUUUUUUAGUGUUAAGUGUUUUAUUUUUAACUGAAGUUCCAAUUUCCGUCAGUAUCAUUGUAAAAACACUUCUUUUAACUUACUGUUAGCCUGCUGUUUUUCAUUACAUACCAUUUGUAACAAAAAUGCAUUUGCAGAUAUAAAUUUGUCAUAUGAGCCAGUCACUGCAAAUUGUUGCAUUUAAGUACACUCUACAAACAAUAUGCCCCCGAAAAAAUAAAAAAAUACAAUCUGAAAAAACAUAUUUGGGAAGUAAAACUUUAUUAACCUGUUUUUGAGUACCUUCACGCCUGCAAAUAAUAAGUUUUGCAAUCAUAAGUCAUGAAAUACUGCAAUGGGAUCGCCAUCAACAUCAAGUGGCAACAAAAUGCUUGCUUUUCUUGUACAACUGUUCUCAUUGACUAUUAACCCCACCAACAAACCAAAAAGGAAAAACAAGGAUCAAAUAGAUUGAGGAAUACAAAUUAUAAUUCUAACUUUGAAAAUAGGUACAAAGAAUUCAAAUAAAAAAUUGUCCAAGCCUUUUUAGGUCCAUACUUAAUAUUAUUGGGCAAAUGUCAUUAAAUUGGCUCCUUUAAUCACUGACCGCAAAUCCUGUGUCAGGACAUGGGGUAUGUGAAGGCCUAUAAUACAAAUAACACCAGAUGAUUGUCGGUUAUUAAAGUU